CAAUUAAGUGUGGAGCUCAGCUAUCUUCUUCCUCCUCCUCCUUGGGCUCUCUCUAGAGACCAUCUCCCGAGAUCUUUCCCGACUGCCUUUGCUCGUUUCUCCCGCGAAACCCGACAGGAGCUAAUCAGUAAUUGUUUGUGCAGUGGGAAUAUGAUGCCUCAGCAUCAGAUCAAGGAGCAACAUAAUGCUCUCGUCAUGAACAAGAAGAUCAUGUCCAUCCUUGCCGAAAGAGACGCUGCCGUCAAGGAAAGAAACGAAGCUUUAGCUGCUAAACAGGAAGCGUUAGCUGCUCGGGAUGAAGCCCUUCAGCAACGUGACUUAGCUAUCUCCGAAAGAGAUAAUGCUAUCAUGGAGAGGGAUAACGCCUUAACUGCUCUUCAACACCGUGAAAACCAUCUCAACUACAUUCUCGCUUGUGCAAAGCGUGGUGGCUACCAAUCCUGUUUCACUGACGAAACCCACUUACCCAACCCUUCCCCUUUGUCAACCAUUCCACAUGAAUCACCCACUACCAAAAGGAAAAAGGAUCGCAAACAGGAAACGGCGAGGUCAAAGGGAAAGAGAGCCGGCGGCGAAGAUCUGAACCGUCAGCUUGCUUCUCCUGGGAAGAAAUGUAGAAAGGAUUGGGACUGUAACGAUGUGGGGUUAAACCUUGUCACCUUCGAUGAGACGACAAUGCCUGUGCCAAUGUGCACUUGUACCGGCACUGCUCGUCAGUGUUACAAAUGGGGACAUGGCGGGUGGCAAUCCUCUUGCUGCACAACCACUUUGUCGCAGUAUCCGCUCCCGCAGAUGCCAAACAAGCGGCAUUCUCGAAUUGGCGGUAGGAAAAUGAGUGGAAACGUCUUCUCCAGGUUACUUAGCCGUUUAGCUGGAGAAGGGCAUGACCUCUCCUCUCCCGUUGAUCUCAAGGACUAUUGGGCUAGGCAUGGCACGAACCGCUACAUCAUUAUCAAGUAGCCGAGAUUUAUGAACCACUAUGUUAUAUCAGGUGUGUUUCUCUCUUCGUCCCCCCCCCCCUCCUUUUUUUUAACAAUUAGGUUCAGAAGUCGCGUGAAAGAAAGGCUCAUUGUUGUUGUCUAUAGUUCAGCUAAUGCCAAAUGUUUAGUAGUAUUGUUUUGACUUGGUUCCGGGGUUUAUGUAAUUGUGAACAGUCUAGUGAAUGAUGUCAUAUUUUAUUUUAAGAUUUCGAAAA